UGUGGGACAGCAAACAAAGACAUCCAUUUCUUCAUCUUUUGAGCCGUCUGACUUCAUCAUAAAUCAUGAAAAUGAGCUUGUUUGGCAAACUGAAGAACAUCGGCCCGCCGGCACCACCGCGAAGGACAGGCAAAACUGAAGACCUCAGGUGGAGACGACAUGCAGGUUGGAAGGACGAUGAGGAGGACGAGUGUGACAUGUAUGAAGUGCCCCCCUGUGAACGUCCAACUGUCAGCGUUCCAACAAGACAAGUGGAAGAGAAUCUCUAUAUUGAACGAACUUCCAGUGUUUCAGUCCUUACGCCUGCAUCAAGACCGACUUUUAAAACUCAGCGGUCUCAACCAAAUGCAAAGGAGUUUACCGUCAAGAAACCACCUGAGGUCGACAGGAACGAGAAACCCGACAGGAAAAAGAUGGCGACCCUUCCUGCUCGAUUUCUCACGUCUACCAUGGAGGAAGAUGUGUAUCUGGAGCCACAUGGAGAAUCGGGGGUGGAUGAAGACCUGUAUUUAGAACCAGCAGCUGCUUGCCCUCCGUCCCCCCCAGACCCAACGAGAAUGUCUUCCAAGACAUCUCCCUCGCCUUCCCUCAUAAUGAAGCCUCCAGUUCCCAGAGCAAAUUCUAGUUCCUUCCUGCAUUGCUCGACAGAAAUAAAAACAGUUCCAAACCAUGACACAAGGCCUGUCACCACUAAACUGUCUCCACUGACAGCAGGAUUUAAGUCCCCUUUGUCAACCAGUCUAAAAGAGACUAUUUUGAGACAUGCAAAUCCUCACAUGCCGGAUACUAAGAAUGCAAGGCGAACUGCCAAACAAUCAGGGAAUGAGGACAGAGAAUGGUUUGCUGGUGAUUGUAACAGAAAAUCAGCAGAGGAUCUCUUACUAGCAGUCAAUAAGGACGGCACUUUCCUCAUCCGACACAGCUCAGCCCAGAACGCCCGACAGCCUUUCACCCUCGCAGUGCUCUACCAGCAGAGAGUCUACAACAUUCCUGUCCGCUUCCUGGAAGAGAUGCAGGGCUUUGCACUGGGAAAGGAAGGCAAGAAAAGUGAAGAGGUUUUCAACAGCUUGGAUGAGAUGGUGAUGCACCACAAGAACCAUCAGCUCUAUCUGAUUGACAGCAAGAGCCAGGCCAAGCAUGCCGUUUACUUAUCUGAUGCCGCACGCUGUUAAUGUCACAUUACGCUUCACAGAAUUGCCUAUCAUCUUAAAUAUAUUGAAAUAUGGUGGGAAAACAAGUAUGGAUAAAUGAACAUUUGGACCUCAUCAACAGGCUGGCGUACUCACAAAAUAAACAGAUUGAAUCCAGAAUUAUGAUCUUCUAAACUGGGAUUCUUUUUCAAAUUUAACUCAAAUAAACACCUAGCUGUCCACUGUAGUGACCAUUGACCCUGAAAGGGUUUUAAAAGAGGUCCGGAAGGAAGACCGUAAAUAAACACACAAGCAGAUAAAUCAGAUGGUGGCACAGCAUCAUUAAAUUAUCCAGUCACACCCAGUAACAGCAAACAGGCUGCUGCCAUGUUAUGCCGCCUUGAGAGGAAUAUAACAACGUACUGUACUGUCUUGUUAAGUGAACCACUUGCUGCAGGAUCUAGUAUAUAUUAAUAAUGAAGAUUGAAUGGCUUCCUAGAGAUGCUGCAAUUUGGCAACAGUGUGUGCGCAUUCUUCUGGAAUUAAAGGAGCUCAAAGACAUCAUGGGAUCACCAUUAAAACGGCUAUGUGUCAUAGACUCUCAUGAGGAUGUGUUAUAAUCAGCAUGAAUAUUUGACUACAUUUCUGAGGAUGGAUGUCUCAUUUGCAUGAGAAAGAACCACACCCCAAAACUGAGUGGUGUAUUAUUACAGUUGUAUUCAUUUUUGAUGCAUUCAUUUUUAACAACAAAAGUAAUUAAUUUUUUAAAAUACUAAUUAAUUUUGAAAGCAACCGAGACAGCAUAAUGCAGUUUCAAGUGGCUCUGCUGAAAGUUAUACUCUGUGCGAGAAAGGAGUUAUGUAAACUUUAAAGUAGGGCUGUCAAACGAUUAAAUUUUUUAAUCGAGUUAAUCACAGCUUAAAAAUGAAUUCAUUGUAAUUAAUCGCAAUUCAAACCAUCUAUAAAAUAUGCCAUAUUUUUCUGUAAAUUAUUGUUGGAAUGGAAAGAUAAGACACAAGACGGAUAUAUACAUUCAACAUACUGUACAGAAGUACUGUAUUUGUUUAUUAUAACAAUAAAUCAACAAGAUGGCACUAACAUUAACAUUCUGUUAAAGCGAUCCAUGGAUAGGAAGACUUGUAGUUCUUAAAAGAUAAAUGUUAGUACAAGUUAUAGAAAUUUUAUAUUAAACCUCUCUUAAUGUUUUCGUUUUAAUAUAAUUUGUAAAAUUUUCAAUCAAAAAAUAAACAAGUAGUUCGGCAUUGUUGAUGUCAAUAAUUACACAAUGCUCAUGGUGCAUAAAAUCAGUCGCACCAAAGCGCCAGCAGAGGAAGACAAAAAACACAAGUAACAAGUGGACAUGACACUGCUGUCAUUUUAAUCUGUUUGAGCGGGGCAUGUGCGUUAAUUGCGUCAAAUAUUUUAACGUGAUUAAUUUAAAAAAUUAAUUACUGCCCGUUAACGCGAUAAUUUUGACAGCCCUACUUUAAAGAUAGAAGCAAGUCAACUAAAAAGAAAAAGACACAAGCCAGUAGCUUAAGUUCUUGGAAAUAAAUGCAUGAAUGUUUGACAUUUUCAACACUUUUACUUGUUUAAACAGUAGCCCCUUUGAUUACAUCUGCGCUGUUUACAUCCUGUCGUUGAUUCUGACUCACUUUUAGCACCAUGUUGAAAGUGUUAUACAUUUCAGUGCACUAAUUGUAACUGAGGUAAAUAUUCUGGCUUUCAAAUGGGGUAGUAUUUACUCCCAGUUACUUUUUAAGACCAUAAAAGUUCCUUAAUGAGUUCUUGAGAUGAUUAACUUUGGCAUUGCAUAUGAAAAAAUAGCUGAAAUCAUUAUAGCCUCUUACCAUGUGAUGUGUCAUAUUUAGAUGUCUGAUAUAUGAAUAAGCAUUCACAGGUUUAAAAUAUGUCAACUCUAUCAGUCAUUUUAAGAGUUUUGAAAUUAUUUUGUUUGUGAGUUUGGAGCAAAACCAAAACAUGUGAGAGUGAUUUGCUGGAGAUUGCUUGCAAAUAUUACAUACAUCUGUCAGAAAAGUCAGGAAUUUUUAUGUCUUUUUUAAAAUAAUGGAUUCAGUGAACUACUUUGUAUGAUCCUGUGUUUGGCACAAUUCUUAACUUUUUAAAAAAAUGUUUCAUUCCAUACAUAUAGGACAAAGGUCAGAAACUUGCGGCUUAUUGACCAAUUGUGGCCCAAUCCAAUUGUAGAUUAUGUGUCGCGAUGGGCAAUAAAAAAAAAAAAAAACACACACACACGUAUACAGUGUUGUUAAUAAUGGCGUUAGAGUACACCGGCGUUAUUUUUGUCAGUAGUGAGUAAUCAAAUUAAUUACUUUUCCAAUCUUUGC